AUGCCUCUCAAUGCCGGAGACUCGUUCCCCGACGAUGUCGCAUUCACGUACAUCCCCGCCGAGGAGGCCGGAGACGAUAAAACCUGCGGCGUUGCCCAGAAUUUCGACGCGAGCAAAGAGUUCAAGGACAAAAAGGUCGUCCUCGUCUCCGUCCCUGGCGCCUUCACUCCCACCUGCCACGUCUCCCACCUCCCGUCCUACCUCGGUAACAGGGCGGCCCUCAAGGCCAAGGGUGUCGACCAGGUCGUCAUCAUCGCCUACAAUGACGCCUAUGUCAUGUCUGGCUGGUGCAAAGCAAACGGCGUCAAGGACGACUACUUCAUCUUCGCCUCCGACAGCGAUGCCAAGUUCAGCAAGAGUAUCGGCUGGACCAAUGGCGAGCGCACCGCUCGAUACGCCAUCGCCGUUGACCACGGCAAGGUCGUCUACGCUGGCCUGGACAAAGGUAAGGGUUUGAUCACGCAUUCGGGCGCCGAUGCUGUUCUGGCCAAGCUGUAG